CUGUUGUUGUCCGGGGGCAUUUAAUGAUGUGACUCACAACAGUCCGUUGUUUCCAUGGAUUCCACCGUGUCAGGACGGAUAGUUAGCAUAAAUCCCAAGGACACAGAAGUGACAUGUGUGUGUCGCGUGUAGCUGUGUAGAGCUACAGGCUUUACACGUGUUCUCAGUUUACACUCGACGUGAAGAGAACCAGGAUGAACCGGUUCAACUCCAGCGUCUCCGUGGACCAAUACCUCGCUGACAGUAACGUGCUGUUCUACCUGAGUGAUGCAGUCACUCAGCUGCUGGAACAUAAGGAGGAAUACACUCAGUUCGGGCUGAUCCGAUACUUUGCUGAGUAUUUCAGCAGCGUAAAGAACAGUAACCACGUCCUCUUCCGAGAGUACAACUACAUCAGGGCCACUCCUCACAACAGAGCCUCCUUCAUCAGAGUCUUCUGGAGAUGUUUCAGACAGAUCGGCAAGAGUGGAGACUUACUCUCCGUGCUGGAGUACAGGUCUCUGCUGCAGUUGUUGUGUCCAGACUUCCCAGUUGAGGUGGUGCAGAGUGCAGCCAGAAUUGUGCUGAUGGACGACGCCAUAGACUGUCUGAUGUCUUUCUCUGACUUCAUUUACGCCUUCCAGCUGCAGCUCUACUACCAAGAGUUCCUGGACAGCGUACUGAUGAUCUACCACGACCUGUUGGCGGGGAAGAGUCCCAACACCGUCAUUGUCCCCACCUCCACCUCAGUAGAGCAGCUCCCCUCAGUGGCCGCAGAGGAGAACGACAAGGAGCGGCAGCAGCAGCCGGACGGCGUGGAACCGUCCACUCUGGCCCAGAGUAUAGACGCCCUCUGUGACCGGUUCAAGCACAGUCAUCCUACCAGGUCCUGCAUGAGAGAAGUUCUAGAAGACACCGAUAAAAUCUGUUACUACAGCUUCUUAAUGAGUCUCUCUAAACACGAGACCAUCAACCAAACUAUUGGAGUGUUACCGAGCAGAGCAGAGUUACUUGUUGACCCAGAGAUGGACCAGGAACUGGACAAACUAAUCGCUCAGAUCUCGGUGAGUCCCAGCAGCAACAGCAGCGGCAGCGCGGUGGUCGGGCUGAAGGAGCUGCAGAGGAAGGCGUCGCCCAGGAGGAACAUCCACCACAGACGGAGGAUCGAGGUGGAGAGCGACGGCUCCACCGAAGAGACCGACUCCUCUGAAAACUAACUUUCACCGCUCAUGUCAUCUUCCAUCUUCAGUCCUGAACACAAAGUGGCUGCAUGAUACGCAUCAAAAACGUCCUGCCCGUUAUUGGCUGCGUUUACUCACUCGCCUGACGGGGAUAAGAGCGAUAGAGCUUGAGACCAUGUGAUAGUCACCGGUCACAUGACGCACCCCCGCUCUGCAGCUGUAGUGUGUCCUGAAGUUUUCUGUCUCCAGACAAAAUGUGUGUAUUCCUCUCAUCUCUGGUAGAGAUUAAACGUCUUCAUUGCUUAGGGACCUGAAUAUAUCAACAUCUGCCUUGUUCAAGUUGUAAUUACUCUUUAUUUAAAGCUGCACUUGAUGUUUGCAAACCAGCUUCAGGCUCAUCGACGCAGUCUGUGGGCGGACGUACACCUCGCUGCUUUAAAUCCUUUCCGUGUGAACAGUGACAUUGACAUCAUCAGCUUCCUGAACUAAGUACAAAGUGUUUAAAGUCGUGACACUAUUAGAAACAGUAGAUAAAAGUUCUGUUGUCAGUUGAGGAUGUUAAAGAACAGAGAUGAAAGACAAUUACUGUAAAAUAUAUAGAAGAAUGAAGUGUAUUUACAGCUGAUUCAUUUAUUAUGAUGCAAAGCUUGACUGUGAAUAUGAAAUAUGUAUGAGAUCUUAACUCACACUGUGAAUAAUAAAGUAACUGAUGUCGGAUCA